UUGGGGGUGAGGAGAUUGUGGGGUGAGGAAGCUGGGGAGCGGAGUGCGGGUGCCGGGCGCAGUCGGACGCUGGCUGCGGGCGGCGGCGGUCGGCUCGGGAGCGAGAUGCGCGCGAUCGCCGCGCUCGUGGUGGCCUGCAGUGGGGGAGCCCGCGCCCUCCCGCCCGAACGUCUCGCACCGCGCAAUUACACCCCUGCGCGGACGCUGCACUGCUCUGAUGGGUUGAUGCUGCCCGCUUGGCAACCCCUCGACGACGUCCCGACCCUCGACAUCGCCCUCCGUGGACUGGUUUACUUCUUCGCGCUCCUCUACCUCUUCAUAGGCGUCUCUAUCGUCUCCGAUCGAUUCAUGGCCGCGAUAGAAGUUAUUACGUCUAGGGAGAAGGAGGUGCGCGUGCGACGGAACGGCAGCGAGCAGAUUAUCGUUGUGCGAGUUUGGAAUGAAACCGUUGCGAAUUUGACGCUAAUGGCACUAGGCUCGAGCGCACCUGAAAUCCUGCUCUCCGUAAUAGAGAUCGCCGGCAAGAAUUUUGAGGCAGGUGACUUGGGACCUGGGACUAUCGUUGGCUCCGCCGCGUACAACUUGUUCGUCAUUAUAGCUAUUUGUGUAAUGGUAAUUCCCGAUGGGGAGGUGCGUAAAAUAAAGCACCUGAGGGUGUUUCUGGUGACCGCUACUUGGUCUAUCUUUGCUUAUGUGUGGCUCUACCUUAUUCUAGCUGUAACUUCUCCUAGUGAAGUCGAAGUGUGGGAGGGCGCUGUGACAUUCCUAUUCUUUCCUGCUACAGUCCUAACGGCAUAUAUAGCAGACAGACGCCUUUUAGUUUACAAAUAUCUCAAAAAAGGUUAUAGGGUUAAUGAAAGAGGUGUCAUAGUAGAGGUAGAAGGCGAUGGGUCGGUAGAAAUGGCCUUAAAGCCUGGUGAUGACUUUGCCACUGACGAUGAAGAAGGUCGCGAAUUAGAUAAGUCUCGUAGAGAAUACAUUUCCGUUCUCCGCGAAUUGAGAAGACAGCACCCGGACGAAGACCUAGAAACUGUAGAACGAAUGGCGUUGGAGACUUUGAUGUCCCGCGGGCCAAAGUCUAGAGCCUUUUACAGAGUGGCAGCAACUCGCAAAAUGACAGGCGGCGGCGAUUUCUCUCGCAAGAUAUCUGAAAGAGCUCAAAGCGACCUCAGUGAAGUUAAAGCAGAAAUACAGCGUCGAGAAUCAGCUUCUGUAUCACCAGAACCGAAAGGGCCGAACGUGCGGUUUGAUCCAGAUCACUACACGGUUAUGGAGAACUGUGGAUCAUUCGAGGCGAGAGUCAUCCGACGUGGUGAUUUAGCUGGUGAGGUAACUGUACGAUAUACGACAGAAGACGGAACCGCAGAAGCUGGGUCUGAUUAUAUCGCGGCUCAAGGCGUUUUAAUAUUCGGGCACGGUGAGUCCGAAAAAACAUUCAGUGUUGAAGUCAUUGAUGACGACGUCUUUGAAGAAGAUGAGCACUUUUUUCUGCGUCUGAGCUCACCGAAGGGGGCAUGCUUGGCGUCUCCUUCGACUGCAACUGUGGUGAUUUUAGAUGACGAUCAUUCCGGUGUGUUCUCUUUCCCCCAGAGGGACUUCGAACUGACCGAGUCGGUAGGGACGUACGAUCUACGUGUGGUUCGUACAGCUGGCGCCAGGGGCAAGGUGAAGGUGCCCUACUGGACGGAAGACGGGACGGCCAAGAGCGGCGCCCAGUAUGAGGCAGCACAGGGGUUCAUCAUUUUCGAGAACAACGAAACAGAGUGA